AUGCCGCUGGAAGACUCCUUGGCCCUGCAGGCUGAGAAACCCUUUUGGGAGGAGAUUCAGAGUUUUCAGGAGACAAUGAAGAGCUUUCAGGAGAAGAUCAAGGAUGAGGACAGAGUCCUAGGGGCAGAGGAAAUGAUUCUGUGGGCAGAUGAAACCAGUCUCCUGGCAGAAGAAAGAGCUCUCUGGAAAGAGGAGGAAGGCCUCCAGAAAGAUGAAAAAAAAUCUCAAGGAAGAUGA